AUGUGCCGCGUCGUACUGCUCGUACAGACCCAGUACGUCAACCAUCAGCUGGGAGCGGGGCUCCCAAGAAUCCCACGACGGGGGAUAGCCGCGCCACCGGACGAGAUAACUCGUCCGACGUCCAGUUCACGUCGCGGUGGCUCAACAGCUGCUCAAGUAGAUAGCGCUGGCCACCGCGAGAGUCCUCUAAUGCAGGUGGAGGAGGAGUGA